AUGUCUGAAAAGUUCAAUUCUUACCCAAGUUUGCCACCAGAGAUCCAAAAUUCAAUUCACGGCAUUUUAAAAGUUCUUUUAGGGAGUGUAGUUUGACUUGAUCCUCCUUAUAAUCCUGAAGGUCUUCUUUUUCGAGUUAAAUUCUGGGGUGAGAAAACACCUGGGAUAAUUUUGAAGCCAAAAAGCACCAAGCAAGACUCUAUAUCCAAUAUCGCAAUUUAUACAAUUAGAUGUACUCAGCCAAUAUUCACAAAUUACCUUAAUGAUAUGUCAACCCUUACUAUUGAUACUAUGGAUGCACAAUGGCGGCUUAUUGGACAAAUACAUAUUAACGUGAGACUUUACAUUAAAAGAGAUCCAGUCAUGGCCAAAGGAAAAUUAGCCUCGAACUCAGGGUUUGCAAAUCUUGAGGUUGAUGGAGUCUUUCCUAUAUUAACAUGUGAAAACGAACCGAGGAAAAUAGGAGAAAUUGAAAUCAAAGCUUUUACAAAUUAUCAUGGAUGGGAAAAUGAAAGGACUAGUAAAGAAGUACUAGCUAGUUUUGAGAUGAAUGAAUUAAAAGCAAGGUUUGAAGAUCCGAUUGGUAAUAUUGAAGAAAGAAAAGUUCAAGACGAUGACAGAAUCCCAAAUUCUUACUCCCUCCUUGAGCGAAUGAUUAAAUUUAUAGUAAAAUUCGUUUUUUUCGAAACGUAAAAAAAUCCCAAUUCACAAUAAUUGGAAAGCAAAUAUUUAUCAUUUAUAAAAUUUUUUGUUUAAAACGCAAUUUGUUUAAAAUUAAACAGAAUGAGCUCGAGAUUUCAUUAUAAUAGUUAUCACUUAUAUAUCAAAUAUUUUUUCAUAAAAAUGUUUGUUCCUCAAUGGGUUUUUGAGCAAAAAUAGGGACUUAUCCAAUGGUUUUGUUUGCUCACGGAGAGAGGAGUUAUGCAAAUAAGAAUAGAGGAGAAUAUAAUAAAGAAAAAUUAGAUGAAAUGAAGCUUGAAAUCGAAGGAAAAAACAUAGAAAUAUAUAAGAAAAACGACCCUUCAAAAAUUUUUGUUCCCAAAAGUUCAUUAAAAAAGAUCCCAAAACCAGAGCAUGCUGUAGAUGAAGAAGUAAAAGCAACAGAGAAAAAUAUUGAAAAAGAUAUUAAUCCACCAAGUUUAAGUACUGAAUGAGAGAAAGUCAAAGCCAAAGGAGAUUCAUUGAAAGCUAAACUUUUAGUUGCAAAAGCAGAAGAAAUAGCAUUAACUACAUCAGUAGAGCAAUCCAAAAUAGAUGAAGGAAGAAUUCCUAGUGUUCAUGAAGUAGAAGCAAUGAUGUUACCAGAAGACAUUACUGUAGCCAAACUUCCUGGGCCUACUGAUAUUUUUGAAGUUCCAGAACGCGAAAAGAAGCCAUUUUCUGACCUAACAUCUAUGAAACAUCUCAAAUUAUCAAUUUCCACUCUUACACUUCUAAUCGACAAAUCAGAGCUCAAAGACAAAUCAUUAUUUUUAGAAUGCAUAGUUCCAGUUCCAACAUUAGUUCAAAGGACUCCAUCAGAAAAACUUCAAAAUUCUCCUAUUUCUAUCUUCAUGGAUUCCUUUAAAAUUACCAAUAAAAAUAUCUCAAAUAACCUCUAUACUUUUAACCACGAAUCAGUGCACCAUUUAGGUCUAGGAGAAGGCAUCUUUGGAAAAUUAGCCAACCAAAAUAUUAGGAUAAAGCUCUGCACAAGUGAAACAAAGGAAAAGCCUAUUGAGCUAGGAAGGGCUGAUAUUUUGUGGGAAAAAAUUCUGCUCGCUCCAGGAUUUAUUUAUUCAGAAACAAUUGAUUUGAUUGGAGAAGAUAAAAAUCCAAGGGCAAGGAAAAAUACAAAAGCUAGAGUUAUAGGGAGGCUAAAUGCGUCAUUUUUUAUGGUUAGUGAUGAGAAUAAAGAUUUGAAAAUUGCAGAGGCGAAUAAAAAAGAAGAGGUGAAGGUGGAAGAAAAGCAUGAAGAAAUUUUAAAAAAUUAUAGCUCCGAAAAGCCAAGCCAAGAACUAGAAUUCAAAUCGUUUCAGCUUUAUUUAUAUAUUGAAAGUGUAAGCCAAGUUGUCAGAUCAGAUGGAUCUUAUCUUAUCUUAUGGAAUUUAUAUCGCUUAACGUCCACUACGGGGUUACGACCCCAGGUUUAUCACUCGCCUUUCGUCGCAUCGGGCCCACCAGUCCGCUGGGGACAGACUCGCUUUGAUCUCCAAGGUGCUUCUAGGGCAAAUGUCCACGUCUUCGACGGCUCAUGAGUGAGCUACUUGCUUGUACAUGGGUUGCUUUUCCGAAAAACCCAAAAAAUGGAUUUUUCUGGUCAGCUAUCGGCAAAAAGGAAAAAUACAAAGCCUGGGACGUAACGCCCAGUUUCACGCUAGGGAGUUGCCCGAAUGGUCCAGAGGACUUUGCUGGGCUUCCCCUUUCCAACCUUGUACCCUCCUUCCCCACGAGGAAAAAUCCACCCCUGAGAUUAGACUAGGGCUAGGCUCUGAAAGCUACCAGAAUUGCUUACCUAGCAUUGCUGUCCAUCUCUGAAAUGGUAAAACCUUGCCGGAUAUAAUUAAAAUAUGAGUCGAGGCUGCAUGGCCGGGAGGCCAUGCCCAGACGAAGACGCCAUAUUUUAAUUAUCAGAUCAGAUGGAUCAUUACCAAAUAUUUUCAUAAACUAUAAGACAUUCCCUGAUCCAGAAAAAAUUUCAACACCAGUUUUUUGGGAAUGCGAUGAAACUAUCUUGCUGAGCUAAUUUGGCAUAAAUAUUGCAAAUAAUAUUUUUUUAUUUUUAAUUAGAAUAGGAAACCAAUCCUUCAGUAAUACGCAUAAAUAAUAUGAUCUAGUAUAAAAAAAUUAAUCAUAAAAUGAUGAUCCCCAUAACAGCUACAGAAAGUAUAGUAUCAAAACUCAGAAAUGCCUUUAUAACUCUAGAAGUUUGGGAUAAAAUAAGUACAGCUAAAGACGAGCUGCUUGGUUUAGUAAAGCUUCAAUUGAACUUUUUCGCAACUGCAUUAUCUUCAGGAAAUCUCGCUCUUUUUAACAGUGUUUAUCCUAUAAUAGCUGUUGAUGAAUACAGGCCAAUAAAUAAUUUAAGAACUGCAAAAGAUAUAGGGUACUUAAGAGUUUGCCUUGCAUUAGGAACACCUGCACAAGUCCACAGGCUGCAUUUAUCACAAAGUAAUGCUGAUAAUAACUCAGAAAAAUUCUCCUUUACCAAUAAAAGGCAAGACAAAAAAGAGCAGGAAAUCGAAGUCAAAGUGUAUGAGGAAAAAAAUUGAAACCAAAAAACAUCCAAAAAAGAAGAAAAAAAUGAGUGGGACAUAGAAAAUGUGAAAGGAAAGCAAGAUAAAAUAGUAACAGAAAGCAUUGAAAGUAUUGGAGACAUUGCUGCAUUCUUAAAUACAAAACCACAGCAAGAAACUGUAAAAGAGUCUCCUGUAAUAGAAUUGCCAGUAAAAGUUGAACCUCAGCCAUUAGCUGAGCUUCCAAAACAAUCUCCAAAAAUUGAAAAAAUAUUCGAAGAGCCAAAAAUGCAAGAAAUUCCAAAAGAAAAAACAAAGGAAGAACUCGUAUUUUUUAUUAAAAAAUGUUUAGAUAUAGAAGAAGUUAGCAUAGAAGAAGAGCUUAAAAUUGUAGACAGGUUCAAUCACCGUUUCAUUCAUAGUGAAAAUUUUUCACACCUUCUACAAGAGCAUACACAAAUAAAAUGAUAGCUUUUUCGACCCGCUCUCUUCUCCCAUACUCUCAGUUAUUUUGGGGUUUUUGAGAGCUGAGAGCUGGCGGAGAGGAGCUGAAAUAUCCCUGAUGACCCAUUUUGACUUUAAUCUAAUCUAAUCUACAAGAACUUAGGCUAGGAAUACCCCCGAAUGACAUCCAAGCUUUAAUUGACCUUAUCAUCUCAGAAAGUCCUGAAACAUCGAAUAAGCGGAGAAUCCAAUUUAUUGACAUUUUCCAUACUCUUGGAAUUCAGCCUAAAUCUUCAAAUACAAAACAUUCUUUUUCACUUACCUUAAAAGAUAUUUUUGCAUGCCCAUUUCUUACAAAGCUUCCUAACAAAUCUACUUACCUCAAAUAUUUAUUCCCUAAAGAAGAAACAUACAUGGAGUCUGAGCUUUUAGAGGCUAACAAUUCAGUUUCAAUUAAUAUAAGCUCGCUUCAUUCCUUUACAUUACCGAAUCAUUCAGAUAUUUCUGACUCCCCCCAUUAAAUUGGAACAAAAUAUAAGUAAAAUUUGCAUUUUUGGGCACUUUAACCGUCCUUUAUAAUUGAAAGACAAUUUGCUUUCAAAAGGAAAUUAUAAAGAUGAAAAUAUUAAUUUUUAUAAAAUUAAUUUUGAUCUAGUUGAAUGUAAAAAGUGCAAAGAGAAUGCUAUUUAAACAGUUUCCACAGUGAAUCGAUUAACUUUUUUCAUAAAAAUAAAUUAAAUUUCAAAUUAUUGUAAUUAAUUUAUAUUUUUUCAAAUUUUAAAAAUAAUUAACCCCCUUAAAAUUGAAAUAGGGUUUUUUGUUCCGAUUUAAAGGAGGAGUGAGUGCUUUUCUUCUGAAGAUGAAGGAAUUAUUAUUUAUUUGUGUAGAAAUGUUUCAAGGUCUGAAGACCAAGUUAUUGCGAAAGCGGUAUUGCCUAUAGAAGAGUUAGUAGAUCUUGAGCCUAAUAAAAAAAUCACAAGAGUGGUGUGCUUAUACGGGGAUAGAAAUAUUAAGGUAGAAAGCUACUUGAAUGAAGUCAUAGGGAAAAUAAGGCUAGUUAUUGAAUAUAAGCAGUCAAUGACAUUUGAUGAUCCUGGGAAAUCAGUUGAAUUAGUUUAUGAAAAACAAACACAAAUUGAUAUAGAGAUUUACCUUGAAUUUUCUAAUUUUUAAGCUUAUACAAAACCAAGAUAAUUUAUGUUAAAAAUCAUAGAGUUUUACCACGGCAAAAUAUGCUGACCAUUUUUAUUGAAAAUUUAGGUGAUUUAAGCAGAGCUCAAAGGUAUUUAAAGAACCUUGGAAUUGAGAUUGACCAAAAAUGCAAAGUAAAAGUCUUAGUCAACAUUUUCUGUGAAGAUGAAAGUUUGAACAAAGAAUUUGGAGUUUUGGAAAUUGAUGAACGUGAUUUUGGUGAAAAUGUGAGCAUAAGAGAAAAAUAUCAAAUAGAAAUGACACUUAACAGUGAAAUUUUGAAUUAUUUGAAAAAUAAAUCAGCCACGAUCAAAGUAAUUUUAAUAUCAAAAUCCUAUGAAGAGAUCACUUUGGGAACCACAAAAAUAUCAUUGAUUCCAUUGCUUUUGCAUUCAAACGCAGCAGGAGAGUUUGCAUUAUUGAAUGAAUAUGGACAGUUUAUGGGAUAUAUAAAUAUUUCAUUUUCAUUUCAGAUUGAUGAUACAAGGCCUCAGUCCCCAGAGCAAUUAGAAAUUGCUGAAGAGCCUAAACCUUUAAAAAAUCCAAAUCUUCCUGAUCUUGAGCCUUUGCCGACUCUUAUGAUAGAGGAAGAGCCAAACACUAGUAAGGUUCAGCUAACAAUAGAGUCAGCAAUGCAUCUCCCUAAAGAAAUUAACGGUGAAAUUUCAAAUCCAUUUAUUCAGUUCAAAUGGUUUGACUCACAAACGUACAAAACUCCGCCAGUUUUGAGAUCUUCUUGCCCUUCGUGGAAUUCAUCACACACUUUAAAUAUUCCGCUUGACUCCUCUAAGCUGAGAAAGCCAAUUAUUUUUGAAAUAUGGCAUAGAUCAUUUACUAAUCAUUCUGAUACAAAAUUAGGAGAGUGCGAGGUCGAUCUUUCUGCACUUAUGGUUGUCGAUCAAAUUGAUGGUUGGUAUCAUAUAAUGGAUUCUUUUAAGAGUUCUGGGCAGCUAAAAAUCAGGAUAACUCCAACUGAAAAUCUGUAUGAAAAAAUUACAGGAAAGCAAAGAAAAAAUUCAAGAGCUCCUAGUCCAGCCCCAAAGCUCAGGGAAAUUGAAGAAAAGCCAAAGAAAAAGAACGUCUACGAGGAGAGAAUUAGCCUAAUAAGUAAAAGUUUGGAAAAUGAAAAUGAUGAAGAAAUUUAUCAGAAACAUUUACUUCCCAUCAUUGAUUGAACGAUUCCAUGAUAAUUUCCUAAAAAUAGGAAAUUAACCCUAUCCUUGAUUGAACGAUUUUCAUAAUAGUUAUGCAUGAGACUACCUUCUCGGUCAGCAUCAUAUCUAAUUAGCUAUCCAUUAUAGUAAUCAAUAUUAGAGAUUAUACCAUAUAAUCGGCUUUAUGUGAUUAUAUAGCGAGUCUCGCAUCUUUACUAAUAAUAGAUUUGAUAUUCCAUCACGCAUGAAAUAUUUUAUUUAGAUGAAUAAAUUUUUAAUCCUUUAAUUAUGACGAUCGUUUCGAUCAAAGUAGGGGAGUUAGAAAAUAUGAGAACUCUAGAAAGUAUCACUCAUAAUUACGGGUCAUGGGGAUUGAAUAGAGAUCGCUCACCACCAAGAAUAGAGCAAGAUAAAGCAGCUUUCAGACAUACAUCUCCUUUGAGAAAAUCUAGAGUUUCUCCACCAAAGUAUUUUGAAGAAGCUGAAGAAAAACAAAGGCAGUAUAACUUUUCUGAUAUUUGGAAAGAAAAUACCAAUUUAGCACCACAUUAUUCUGAAGAAAUUGCUCAUGUAGAGCCUCACUAUGGCAGAGAAUUUAUAAAAUAUGAAGAGGAAGAAAAAAAAUUAGACAGUGAUGAAGAAUGGGACCAAAAUAAAAUUAAUGAUAUCUUGAGCUCAAUCGAGGAGGCUACAAAACUAGCUGACCAACUUCAACAAGAUCAGUAUCAGCUUCCUAUUGAAGAAGAAAAAAAGCCUGAAGAAAGCCAUAUAAGAGCAUAUAGCUCUGAUUAUCGAGAACCAACACUAUUAAGACCUCCUGGCAGAAUAAGUCCAACGAAUUUAGUAAAAAAUCCACUGCCAAACAUGAUGGUUACUGAUUCAGAAAUCUCAAGAAUUGCUGCAAUUAUGAAAGGAAAGAUGUCUUAA